GUCGAAGUAGAGGAAAUAAUCGUGAAAAGCUGCUAUUUGAGGCUUACUCAAUUGACGCAUUUGCCUGUCAUUUUCUCACUGAUGCAUUUGCCACUGGACAUAUGAGGUACGAUGUUCCAGCUGCAAUUAUUAACAGAAACAGAACGUAUAAACUCGGCAACAACAAAUAACAAUAACAACAACAACAACGACGACGGCGGCGGCGGCGACAACAACAACAACAAUCAAUUAUGCGGCGACAGCGAUGACGACGUCAACCAACACUCGUUUAUCUUGUGCCAAAUCAAAUAUAAUUUGCAACAAAUGUUAAGCAUCGUUUACAUACUGUACGCCUGCGGUAUGUCUGCACCAUCAUUGUUUACAGAUGUUCAUUUAUACAAUCGUUUGUGAAUGAUUUGGUUGAACUGCUAAUCACAAAAGCCCCCCGUCAUACCGCAUGUAUACUGUACUUCAACUAGUCUUUACUGAUAUUACUACAAUAUUCGUUAAAUUAAAGUGAACAGUGACUGUUAAACCUUACAAAACAAGGCCACGGCUAGACUUUUAAAGAUAAGCGCCACCUUUCCCUCGUUGCGCUAAUUGCUCUUUACAAUUUUAGGACACCAAGGGUUGCCAUACCUAUGAUGGUCACUGGGGAUACCAUAGCAAAUCUUCUGUGUAUGUACAUGCAUGACGAAGACAGUAAGUUUGGUAUUCGUGUUAGUAACGUUCGUGGAGACAAAUGGGUUGCUUAUGGAGAUGGAAGGCUCCUGCAGGAAUGUGACAAGGUAAUUAGAUUCUAAGAUCCGGUUUCAUAAGCACAACCAAACUAAUACGAGCCUCUUUUACUGCUGGACUGCAGCGAAACAUAUUUUGAAGAGAAAUUGUUGCAUUUUGCAGUAAAUAUAAAAAUAGUGUAAGUUGUAUUCGACGAGCUGCCAUACUUUUGAAUUAAAGCCUGGCGCACACGAUGCGAUUUUAGUCGGCCGAUAAAAAUCGUUUCACGUACCAAUACGACAUCGGUAUAUUCCGCACACGAUUGAACUGUAGCAGCCAUGUUGCCAAAUAAAUACAAGCACGUGAUCACCUCAUGAAAUCUGAUUGGCUAUAUUUAAAAUUCCACCGAUAAAAAUCGUAUAAUAUCAAAACGUUUUGAUGUUGUCCGAUUAAAAUCGAGCAACAAAAAUCGGUUAAAAAUGCCACCGGACACGUAACGAUUUUGUUAGUUUUAGUCAAACGAUUUUUAUCGGCCGACUAAAAUCGCAUCGUGUGCGCCAGGCUUAAAUUACAAUUCUUCCUAACUCCAGGUCAGUCUGUUUCGCGAAAGGUUCAUUCAUCACGCCUGUCAAAAAUGCAUGCAAAAAAGUCAAUAUGCCUCAGCUUCUUUAACUUUGAUCCUAUUUCUUCUAAAUUUCCCACGAUCAUAGAAUAUUUCAUUUUUACAAAUCGUGUGUUUUUUCCGAAAUGCUACAUUUUUGGCGGGAAAAAAUGAAACUUAAUAGCUAUCGGUAAAUUUAUGCACUUUUUGGUAGGCGACCUUGAGAGAGUCUUAAAACUGAAGUCUGUUUCUAAAUACGACCAUUUUUCGCGAAGAUAUAGCCAUUAUAUAUAGCAAAUCGGCCAUUUUGUUACUAAAAAUUUAAUUUUGUUACGUAAUUUACCCCGCCAAAAAGUAGCAAUUCCAGAAACAAAAAAAAAACGUGUUUGUAAGAAUGAUAUGUUCUAUGUUGGUGGGAAAUUUAGUAGAAACAGGGUUAAAUUAAAGACAUUGGAGCAUAUUGGCGCUUUUGCAUGCAUUUUUGACAGGCGUGCAUGAAUCAACUUUUCUCGAAUAUUGCGAGCGGUUUGUGCGCUAACUCUACCCCAAGUGAGUUGGAUACAAGCAUUCUUGAGAACUUUAUUUCCUCUAAAUUUACUAAUUACAACACUCAAUUUAACAUCCCUCCUAUAACGGUACAGGACACUAUGGAAAUGAUUGAUAGUCUUUCUAGCCGGAAAGCAACAGGUUCUGAUGGUAAUAGUGUCAAAGUAUUGAAAUUAGUUGCACCCGUCUUAUGUCAGCCUCUAACACGAGUCUUCAAUCUAUCCUUGGAAAAAGGGUGUUUCCCAAGAAAAUGGAAGGUUGCGCGGGUAACCCCGCUUCACAAAGAUGGUGUGCGUGACAUCCAAGAUAAUUACAGACCUAUAUCUGUUUUAUCUGUGCUGUCAAAAUUGAUUGAAAAGCACGUUGCACGAUCUCUCAUCAGCUACCUGGUGGAGAACAGAUUGUUGUAUCAUCUGCAGUCAGCAUUUCGCGAAAGCCAUUCCACUGAUUCAGCUCUGACAAACUUGACAGACAAGAUAUUGUUUAAUUUGGACCAUGAUGAGGUUACCGGAAUGGUGUUUGUCGACUUUAGAAAGGCUUUUGACAUAAUUGACCAUAAGAUUCUCCUAAAAAAGUUGGAGCUUUAUAGAGUGACUGAUGUAGCGUUGACCUGGUUUAAGUCCUACUUUGUGAUUGCUACCAAUUUGUUUCUCUCGAAGGUAAAUUGUCUGAAUGCUUACUACUGA